AAGAAAAAAAAAAAACAAAUAUAUAUUAACAAUUUAAAUACAAUAGUUAUUAAAAAAAUUUAUAUAAAAUCGGUAAUAAAUAUAUCAAAAUAAAAUUAUUAUUGCUAAAAAAAUUCAUAAAAGACUACUUCGUUUUUACAUUUCACAAAUUGCCCAAUGUACAAAAUCGAUACACAGAGUUAAUUCUACGCAACUACUCCCUUGUAAACUCAUUUAUUUUUCGUUGUUGCCGACUGUUGAUGCAAAACUAUGUGAACAUUUACUUAUUUAUAAAUGAAAAACAGGACUCAAUUUGACAAAUCUUUAAAAUUUCAAUAAAAAAUCUUUAAAUUACAUACACACGCUUACCAUACAUACAUAUAUGUUCGAGCACAUCUGUAUGUAUAAUGAAGUAGUUAAAAUAAAAAAUCUAGUAAAGAAACAGUAGGUCAGGGCAAACGUAUUAUUAAUCACAUUUUUUUCGUUUAUUAUUAGAAGAACUUAAUAGCCUAAAAAUGCAUGCAGUUGGUAUACAUUCCGCCAUGGCAAUAAAACGCCAACGUAAGAGGCGUGAUGAACAGAAACGUGCUAGAGAAAGACGUUACAGUACACAGAGUUCCGAAAGUGGAGAAACAUUUCAUUCUCCGAGUGGAUCAUUUCGACGUAAAUUUCAUCAAGCCCAUAAUUCUGUUAAGCCUGGACCAGGUCUGGAUAGUCAGGUUGUAACAAGUAUUGGAAUGCUGCACAUUGGUAUUGUGUUUAUUGUAUUCGGUUUAUUUUUGUGUGGAGCUGGAAUUAUACCUGAUGAAACGAUGUCCUGGAAUGUUUUCAGCUCAAGUUCGGCAUGGUGGAAUGAAGUGACAUGCACAGGAUUAUUUUCUUUGGGUUUGGGUUUAUUCUUGCUGAUAUUAAACUGUUUGAUAAGUCGAAAAGAGGAAGAAGAUCUAGAAGACUACGUACAGCGUCAACUUACUAGAUCACGAUCAGGACAUCGUUUGGAACGGGAUGUCGAAACUGGCGUCUUAACAACACGCCAUGCCCGAAAAGCAGUCGCCUUGCAAAAAAAUGUGCGAAAUGGUUCAACUACUGAUGUGGCUUUAGUAAAUAGUUCAGCAACAGACAAUGUACCAAAUGGAUCCAUAGUUGGACGUUUAAAUACUUCCGGUGAUAUUUUAUUAGAAAAAAUAGUGGAAGAAGACAACUCAUAUCUAAAUAAUGGUAGUGUUGGCGUUUCGCCAAUUGAAAUAGAAAACGAUACCAAACAGCUCCUACGAAGCGAAUCAAUAAAUGAAACAAUCAAUAUUACGAGAAUAUAAAAUUACGUACUCACCUAAUCUAAUAUUUAAUAUUACGAGUAUUCUUAAUGCAAUUUAUUAGGUAAUAAUUAUUAAUUUAUCUUUAUAUCUCCUUUCCUCCUAUCUCUCUCUAUUUCCCUUUUUUAUGCAAAACUUUAAUAAUAAUUGUAGUUUAAAGUGAAUAAAGUAAAAAACAAAAAUAUAUACAAUGUAUUUUUAGGAUAAGGACCAUUUUCUUGAUUUCUUAAGUAAUAGAUAAAAAAAUUAGAAACAAACGACCAUUACAUUAUUAAAAU